AAUCAACUGUUUUUCAGGUGAUUAUCACCCCUUUUUGGGUCCAUAGUGAAAUUGCUAUGUGUAUGAUUGCAAUGAGUAUGCUACAGUGAUUUUAUUCCUAGCGUAAGAGAUACAAGCAACAGUGGUAAACGGAGUAUGUAUGGUCACGUCGUACCAUAGCUACGUUUUCUUGAAGCCAUGGCGUUGUCGCGCCAUAUCGUGAGGCGGUACCCAGUUUGUGAUUGUCGAUAUGAUCGCGUCCGACUGUAUCGUCGUCAGCGGUUAUUGCGGCACCACCAUAUUGUCAUCAAGCGAUAUGGUCAGGCCGUACUGUACCAUUACCCAGCGGUAUGGUCGUGUGGCACCAUAGCAGCAUCUGGUACCAUAUUAGCGGUGGGAUAGCUGGGAACUUCCAUACCUGGAGCAGAGAUUAGUAAAGCAAGGUAUAGUUGAGUGCUACUAUACUGCACUAAUAUGGUCGUCUUGAAUCAUAUUGUUGAAGUGACUAAUUUGGCGGUAUCACAGUCGGUAGUGGAUAUGGUAUGGUUGAGCGCUACUGUUCUGGUCUGUGUGUGCUUUUCAGUGGGAACGUAGGU